AUGCUGAAGGGGUGUCCUGUACAGGAGUUCUUGCGGCCGGUUGGUGUUGAAAGUGCUGACUGCGGGGAGCCUUCGACGUCGCAAAGUGGUAGCCCUGAAGCCGACCAAUUGGUGCAGGCCCUGUCGACUGCCCCUUUGGCUGCACUUUCACUGAAAGACAUUAAGAAGAAUGUCAAAGAGCUUUCAGACAGAGUAUAUUUUGGCAGCGGAGAGUACCUCCCUAUUGUGGGAACAAUGCGCAUGUCAUAUGGUCGUUUGAUACAGCUUCUGAAGGACAAGAGGGUGAAGAGAAUAUUCCUUAUGGCAGAUGGACAAGUGGCCAUUGUUGAGGUACCUUUUGAGACUCAUGCUUCAAACUACAAGAGUGAUAUUCGCUAUGACAGACGUGACCUCAGUGUUGUUUAUGUAGAGCAAAAGCCCGAGUGGCAGAUGGAGAAGAUGAGGUACUAUGUAGAGCUCCCUGGCGACAUAUGGGAGGAUGGCACAUUUCUGGAGCUCAUCAAGAAAAAUCAGUACCACCACAGUGCUGACAAUAGGGUCAAAUACGAGUGGAUGCUGAAAGAACACCAAGUGACGUGCGAGCUGACAGUGCUGGACCCCAACAACUCGUAUGUGUUUUUGAACCAGUAUGUUGGGCAGAUUCUGCCCAUAAUGGGUCUGAUUGCCUUGCGAGGGAUUGUUGGAGUUGGAGAUUGGCUCAUUAGCAAGUUUGGCAAACCAAAAAAGGACGCCAUGGCUGAACUUGCAGAGCAGUAUGCGCGUCCCAGGGCUCUUGAGUUCAAUGUGGAAGAUGAGGAGGGGAACAGGAACGAUACUGGGGUCCGGUUUGAGGACGUUGCUGGGAUUGACCGGGUGAAGUAUGACGUCACCGAAGUCUUGAAAAUGUUGCGGGGCGAUGAGAACUAUGAGAGAAUUGGAGCGCGAGCCCCACGGGGCAUAUUGCUGGAAGGCCCUCCUGGCACAGGCAAGACGUACCUUGCCAAGGCGAUGGCUGGUGAGGGAGGCAUGCCAUUCUACAGCGCCAAUGGGGCUGAGUUUGUGGAGAUGUUCUCUGGUGUUGCAGCUUCCAGAAUACGCAACUUGUUCAAGAUGGCCAGAAAGAAGGCUCCAAGCAUAAUAUUCAUUGAUGAAAUAGAUGCCAUCGGUAAAGCAAGAGGCAGUGGUGGCGAUUCUGGAUCACAAGAAAGGGAACAGGGGCUGAUGCAGUUGCUGGUGGAGAUGGAUGGUAUUCGACCAAGAGACAAGGUGCUAGUAAUCGGGGCCACAAAUCGCAUCAACUUGUUAGAUCAAGCAUUACUCAGGCCUGGCAGGUUCGACCGCAUCAUCUACAUGGGUCGGCCGUCAGAAUCGAAUCGACUGAAGAUAUUGCAGGUGCACACGAAGGACAAGCCACUGUCCAGGAUGGGCAACGAAGAGUACGAAACUGAUGCAAUUCUGAGGGAGACGGCCUCAUUGACACUUGGAUAUUCAGGGGCUGAAUUGGCGAAUCUGCUCAAUGAAGCUGCGAUAUUGUCGGUUCGUGAGGCAAACGUAGAGAGCCUUGGACCACCUGUCAUAACAAUGAAGCAUGUGAAAGAUUCCAUGGAGAAAGCACGCCUGGGUCUGCCACAAGAGAAGCUGCCAUCGUCCUCAGCAAAGAAAUUUUUGGCUACUGUGCUCGCUGGACGUGCGGUGGCGUUGGCCCUGACGCCGGGUGUCCCGCUGAUUGAGUCUGUCUCCAUUCUUCCUCAAGGAAGUGUAAUUGGCAGAAUUCUCUUUCAGCGUCGCGAGUAUGGCAUGGAGGGAGACAUGUGGCAUGGGCUGGCAUUCCCUGGACCAAAGGUGAAUGCUGUUGAGGUAGAGGAGCCAGCAGGGACUUUUGAGUUCUGUGCUGGACUCCUUUGUCCCUUUUACGCUGGUCGCGCCACAGAAGAAGUAAUCUUUGGGCACAGCAGCAUGACCUUGAGUACAGCCAAGGAAAUAUCCCGGGCAGGUGACCUGGCCCACUACCUGGUCGCCAAAUCCAACCUCCAUCCUGCUUUCCGUCACUUGGCUGUGAAGCUGGACAUGCGCAUGGGCGGCCGCCCAGAUCCAACGCUGCAGAACACCGCCCCAUGGUUUGAGAGACACACAACACAAAUGCUCAACGUGGCAUACUCCAGGGCAAAGCGAUUGAUUGAGCAGCGGCGCCCGGUCAUCAAGGAGAUUGCUGAGAUCUUGUGCACGCGAGACAAUGAGAGGGUCUCAGGUGCUGAAAUCGUCCAGUUGCUGGAGUCAACGCCACUCGACAAGACUGAGACCACCAUAGAGUCUGUCUCAUUCGAAGAACUCUGGGGCGAUGAUUUGGUACUGAGCAAUGGAAAUGGCUCUCGUCCCAAGGUUGGGACGGGUGGCAAGGGCUCCAUGGUUUUCAACGGGGGCCAAGGCAAUGUGGGCCAGGUCUGGUUUGAGCGCCCAGUGUCCCUCAAUGGUAGCAGCAUGCCUUUCGAAGUGUCGUUCGGUGAUGCACAGGACAUCGCUGACGUUGUGAUUGGCAACAUGGACGUGCUGGAUCUGCUGUGUCCAGAUAUAGCAGAAGCUCGUGUUGAACAGCUCAAGAGCGAAGUGAACAGCGUUGACGUGGUGGAGCGGCUGAAAGCUGUCAAACGGUAUAGAACAGACAUUGACGCUCCUUUCCCUCCACCUCCAAGUGACGUGGAGGAAGGUCGGGGGCAGUUGGCGCCUGACUGGGUGGAGUACCUGCGGGAACAAAGCACAAAAGAUCCAUCAGAAAUGAAACGUGACCUGGAGGCAUGGCGCAGACAUACAGCUAUCCCACAAGUCUGA